AUGAGCAUGCUGGUCGGGCAGCUUCUGGAAGAGGUCGUGGACUACGUCGUCCGUCACAACUUCUUUCGCCGCCAGCGAAACUCACCGUCUGAGAACGCCGCAGCGACGACGACGGCGACACCAACAGCGAGGGCAGCCGAACAACAGCCACAGGAGCAGCCCCACCUGCAACAGUCAAACUCCCAGUCCUCGCUCGAGGAGAGACAGCGCCGCCGGCGACACAGACGCAGCGAGGUGCUCAUGACCUCGCUGGACCGGCUUUCGGCCGAGCUGGAGACUACAUAUGGCGCUCUGAUGCGCGUUAGCCAUACUCCUCGCAGUGAGGGUGCCGCUGCCGAUGAGCCGCUUAUUGCGAAUGUAGAUGACCUGCGCCGGGCCAUCACGCGGAGCCUGGCCCGAAUAGAGUCGAUUAGGCACCAUCAUCGGGCUACUAGGCGAGGUUCAAGGAGCGCAAGGGCUACCAGGCUUGGUUCGACCAUGUCUAUGGCUGGGUCAGAUGCUCGGUAA